AGUGAAUAUUAUUUACCAUUCCCCAAAAUUCUAUUUUGGAACCGAUAAUAAAAGAGGCGACCGACACUCUCAAUUGGUCUUCUUCACUCUCAUUUACGCCACUGAAUUCAAUUCGUUAUGACUACAACACAGUCGUCAAUUUCGCAACCGCCGCUUCCACUCGCCGGACGAGUCGCCAUCGUCACCGGCUCGUCCCGUGGUAUUGGCCGAGCGAUAGCUAUCCACCUCGCUGAACUCGGUGCGAGGGUUGUUGUCAACUACACCUCUAAAGCCGCGGACGCCGAGCGUGUAGCGACUGAGAUCAAUGGUUUCCCAGUUAGGGAAGAAAUCACAGGAAAGGGUCCAAGAGCCAUUGUGGUUCAGGCCAAUGUCUCCGAGCCAAGUCAGGUGAAAGCCAUGUUUGAUGCUGCGGAGAGUGCCUUUGAAGCGCCGGUUCACAUUCUGGUUAACUCGGCUGGAGUUCUCGAUCCCAAAUACCCUACGAUUGCUGACACCUCAGUCGAAGAAUUCGACCGCAUCUUCAGUGUCAAUACAAAAGGAGCGUUCCUGUGCAGCAAAGAAGCUGCCAAUAGGCUAAAACAAGGAGGAGGAGGUCGGAUCAUACUACUAACAUCUUCCACAACCCGAUCCUUGAGAGUGGGGUAUGGUGCAUACGCAGCAUCAAAGGCAGCUGUGGAAACCAUGGUCAAGAUCCUUGCAAAAGAGCUCAAAGGCACAGGGAUCACUGCAAACUGUGUUGCUCCAGGACCCAUUGCAACUGAGAUGUUCUUUGAUGGAAAGACCCCAGAGUUGGUUGAGAAGAUAGCCGCAGAGUCUCCGUUUGGGAGGGUGGGUGAAGCCAAAGACGUGGUGCCUCUUGUUGGAUUCUUGGCAGGUGAUGGUGGUGAAUGGGUCAAUGGACAAAUCAUUCCAGUUAAUGGUGGAUAUGUGUAAAAGAUAUGGUAUUUAACUCUUAAGAGGAGCCUCUUCUUCCUGAUAUCUUGGUAGGGUGUUAAGUUGAUUAAAUUGAAACAUUGGGGGUUCGAAUUGGAAUAAACAAUAAACAUUCAGAUUGAAAAUAA